AGUGUUUUUGACCACAGCCGGUCCUUCGAGUUCUGUGGGAUUGCUGGUUUUGUACUUCUCUUCAUUGAAUUUGCUUAAGAUUGUUUCGAAGAAAACAAUGGACUUCUCGAAAUGUUUGAUGUUGCUAGUUCUGGUCCUUUGUUUUGCAGAAAUACAGGGCAAGUGUGAAAAGCAAGAAACCGAUGAAAUUCUUGCUUGCGUUUCGCCUCAUAUGAUGCAUUUUUUUUCAUUUGCAAUCAGUCCUUUUUGUGCAAGACAUCUUAUCACACAAGAUAUUUGCACGAAGUUUGCAGACAUCGUGCGAUGUGUUAAUGGCGUUAAACUCUCAUCGGAAUGCGUACGAGACUCUGCCAAGCAACUCAGCACAAACUUGGAGAUUGCUUGUAAGCUGAAUGACUUCCAGGAAGUUUGCAUUAACGCACCUGCCCUUCGGACAGAAAUCGACUUGUCAGCGCAAUCGCUACCUGUCGGUAAAGGUGAAAGUGGUGCAUCCUAUGGUACAGGAUAUACUGUGCAGACGACAACUUCUCCAGCUAAAAUCAAGUGUACGAAGGAAGAAAUCGACGUCUAUGCCAAUUGUUUGUUGCCUCACAUGUUGAGCUUCUCCCCGGUGCUGAGCGGCUCUUCUUGUGACAAAAAUCUUAUCUCAAAAGAUAUCUGCAAGAGGGUAGCAGAUGUUGCGCAAUGUUUCCAUCAUGCCACAGCUACACGGAUUUGUGGCAUUCACCUUGCCCAGCAAUAUGCCACACAGCUGAAUUUUUCUUGUAGCCUGAAUGUCAUCUUCGAAGUUUGCGCCAACAUUUCCAUGCUUGACACAGGAGAUGCUGUAGAAACGACAGUAUCUUCAGCAGAAGGUCUAUGUAAGGAGCAGAGAAGUAGUGCUUUCAGUGCCUGCAUUACUCCCUAUAGCAUGAUGUUCAUCCGGCUGACGAGAGGCUCUUCUUGUGAUAGAAAACAUCUCUUAGAGAACUCUUGCGAGGAUUUUGAACAUGUCGUGCAAUGUUUCAAUAACCUCAAAGUUACCAGGACAUGCAGGCGUCAGUUCUUUAGGGAAAUCAGCUCGGAUGCCAAUUUCGCUUGUAAGCUGACUGACUUUCAAGAGGUUUGCACUGAUGCUCCUGCCUUUGACACAGUGUCGGAGACAGAAACCCAGUGCGAGGAGGAAGAACUCAACUCCUUUGAUGAAUGCAUCUUACCAUACACAUUGAGUUUUGCUCCAUUGACAAGUGGCCCUACAUGUAACAAAAAUAUUAUCUCGAAAGAUAUUUGCCUGAAUUUUGCAAAUAUCGUGCAUUGCAUCAAUGAUGUCAAAGCUUCAAAGAUGUGCAGGCGUCAGUUUGCAGAGGAACUCCACAUACAAAUGAAUUUUGCUUGCACACUAAAGACUUUCAGGAAGUUUGCCCAGAUGCUCCUGCUCUAAAUACUGUUUCAAGAACACAAGCGAUCUGUAGGACACAUGAGCUCACCGACUUUCAAGGCUGCUUCUACCCGCGAGUCAGGAGUUUUAACAAACUGGGGAGUGGUUCUUCUUGUAACAGAGAACUUAUAUCAAAGGAUCUUUGCAGGGAUUUUGCAGUUAUCGUGGAAUGUUUCAAUAAAGUCAAUAGUUCACGGUCGUGCAGACGCCAUUUUUCCAAGAAUCUCCGCACACAAACGAUUUUCUCUUGUCAUCUGAAGGACUUCCAUCAAGUAUGCACUAAUGUCUCUGACUUUGAUACAGGUAGGUGUUCAUCCUCUUACGGUUAUGCUUUUGUCUUCAUAAGUUUUUCAUACACAAUUGAGAAACAUUCUGAACAUUCUAUACAAGUCAUUAUUCAUAUAUAUAUACACAAAGACACAUAACUAGAAAGACACACCAAUAUAUGGGAUGGAUCUGACAGAUUUUGAUGAUCCAGUUUUCAUGAUUUGAUUAAUGCAAGCCAAACAGUAUUAAUCUGAGCUACUUCGUCGACGGCAAAUGCCUUACACGUAUCUCUGGCAGACCAGCAAGACUUGUCAAUAUAUAUACUUACAAGUUCAAGUUUCUGAAGCAGAACGUGACCACGCCAAAGGCUUUUGAAGGUAUGAUAGAAUGGAGGUAUUAUCAUCGCAUCUCUUUCGACUUUAACGGCACCUUUUGUUUCCAAAUAACGGUAAGAGAUAAGUUUUCUACUUCUUUUUUAAAUAGGUGGCACUUAGUUCAUAGACUUUAAAGCUGAUUAUUGGCAGCUCUAGCUAAGGGAAAUUGUUGUAAGUCAAUGAUAAUAAUGGCGUGAUGGUGAUGAAAA